AUGGCAGCUUCUAGGAUUGUGUUCUAUCUAACAAGUCUUUUUGUGUGCAAAAUGGCCCAGAUGACUGACCUGAAAUCCUCAUCAUCAUUUCAACAGUGGAGUAGUUUUGUUUCUGUAAAAGUUGGUGACAAAGUGUCUUUGUUCUGUUUUUAUGAGGCUGGUUUUUCUCUAAGACUUUACUGGUUUAAACAACCUAUGGGACACAAACCACAGUUCAUGGCCACCUUCAAUCAAUAUGAUGAUGUGAAUCACGCUUUUUAUGAUGAAUUCAGGAACAAUCCACGUUACCUCUUGAAAAGUGAUAGUGGUAAAAAUCAUCUGACAAUUACAGAUGUCGAUAUUUCAGACUCAGCUACUUACUACUGUUUGAGCACCUAUUCAUACAGAGCUAAAAUUGUAAAUGUCACUACAGUCAGUGUAAAAGGUUCAGACUCCAACCUCACAGCUCUGGUGCAUCAGUCAGCAUCUGGGAGCAUCCAGCCAGGAGGCUCUGUGACACUGAACUGUAUAAUACAAACUGGGACCUGUGAUGGACAACACAGUGUUUACUGGUUCAAAAACUCUGGAGAAGCUCUUCCAGGACUCAUUUACAGUCACGGAGACAGAAAUGAUCAGUGUGAGAGGAAACCAGACAUACGAACACACACCUGUGUCUACAACCUGCCUCUACAAAGCCUGAAUGCUUCUGAUGCUGGGACCUACUACUGUGCCAUCGCUUUAUGUGGACACAUUGUGUUUGGAAAUGGAACCGAACUGGACCUUAAGUAUCAGGACUCUCAUCUGGUGAAUGUCUUGAGAAGUGCUUUAAUAUUUACCAGCCUCCUGAGUGUUUUAUUGGCUUUCUUAGUGUGCAAAGUGAUGAACAACCACCUUUGGGGUAAUAAACACUGACUCAAUCAAUAUCCCCUGUUUACUGAACCUCAUGACAUUGUAAUAUUGUUAUUUUGCAUUUCAGAGCCUCAUACGAUAC